UUGAAAGACUUUCUUCAACUGUCAGAAAGCUCUUACCUCCAAGACUCUAAUUAGUAAGUCGUAGAUGAAAUAAAGACAGAAAAAUAAAUAAAUAUGUUCUAGACGUUACAAAUAACCGAACCAGAUAAAGGGAGUCGAAUCAGAUUUCAUUCUGUCCUUUUCCAACAAGCAGAAAAACUAAACACACUAUCUUCUUUUUUUUUUUUUUCUUGCCAACUUCAUUGUUCUGUAGCUAGGUUCAGGGUUAAGACUGUACUAGUAAAGAAUCAAGAAGAAGAAGAAGAAGAAGUAAAUGGCAGUAGAUCAGUAUAGGUGCUGCGGGACGGAUUUCUUUGUUCGAAUUGCAAUAAUAACAUUGCUGGUUUUGUUUUCUGGAUUGAUGUCUGGCCUCACGCUAGGCCUCAUGUCUAUGAGCCUUGUCGAUCUUGAAGUUCUUCUCAAGUCUGGUACACCCACUGAUCGUAAACAUGCCGCUAAGAUAUUGCCUGUGGUGAAAAGACAACAUCUAUUGCUUUGCACCCUUUUGAUGUGCGAUGCUGCAGCCAUGGAGACACUUCCUAUUUUUCUCGACAGUUUGGUAUCCGCAUGGGUUGCUAUCCUUAUAUCAGUGACCUUGAUACUUUUCUUUGGUGAGAUAAUACCCCAGGCUGUUUUUUCUAGACAUGGUUUGGCAAUUGGUGCUGCAGUUGCUCCAUUUGUUAGGAUUCUUGUGUUCGUCUGUUUUCCUGUUGCAUAUCCUAUAAGCAAGCUUUUAGACUUCUUGUUCGGCAAAGGGCAUGAUGCACUUUUUCGUCGAGCUGAACUGAAAACACUUGUUGAUUUUCAUGGUAACGAGGCUGGUAAAGGUGGUGAAUUGACGCGUGAUGAGACGACCAUAAUUACAGGAGCACUUGAGCUUACUGAGAAAAGAGCCAAGGAUGCAAUGACUCCUAUUGAAGAAACUUUUGUAAUUGACAUUAAUGCCAAACUAGACAGGAACUUUAAGAAAGUAAUUUUGGAGAAAGGGCAUAGUAGAGUGCCAGUUUAUCAUGAACAUCCAAGAAACAUCAUUGGACUUGUAUUGGUGAACAACUUAAUUACCAUAAAUCCAUCUGAUGAAGUUCCAGUUAGAAACAUUGUUGUUCGUAAGAUUCCAAGGGUCCCAGAGACGAUGCCAUUAUAUGACAUACUAAAUGAGUUUCAGAAAGGUCAUAGCCAUAUGGCUGUCGUUGUAAGACAGCACAACAAUGUACAGCAGCAAGCAUCAGAAAAUCCAUGUGACACGAGAGAUGUAAGGCUGGACAUUCAUGAGGAAAGACUUCCCCGGGGAAAAACUUCAAAGACUGAGAGAUUACUGAAGAAGUUGAACGGCUCAUCCAAAGACGCAAAGUUGAAUAGAGGAUUUUCCAAGAGCAAAAAAUGGUCAAAGGACUUCGAAUCAGACUUCUUGCAUUUCAAUGUGGACCCACUUCCAAAGCACAACGAGGACGGGGAAGCUAUGGGCAUUAUAACAUUGGAAGAUGUCAUUGAAGAGUUGUUACAGGAAGAAAUUUACGAUGAGACAGAUCAUCACAACGAAAAUUAACAGGCCUAAGGCUUUCCUACCAAGUAUGCUACACACAGAAAUUAAAAUUUGUUGGAUUAAAUUUACUUUACCUCUCCUGCAAACUGGAACACUUUAGAUGAGGUACAGAGUUACAGCGAAAUCUUGAUCAGGGGGAGUAUAUAUUUUA